AUGGCCACCUGCCCGCAGGAGUGGGGACCUGGCAGCCGGCGGCCGGCUGUUUCCUCUGCACCGGUGGCCCUGCGGGAAGCCGCAGGGCGGGGAUUUGAACCCUGGUGGGGUAGACCCCAGCUUGACCUUGUCUGUCCCCCCAGGGUCCUGGUGGCAGAGACCACGUCCCAGCAGGAACGACUCCAGGCCAUCGCAGAGAAGCGGAAGAGGCAGGCGGAGAUGGAGAACAAGCGGCGGCAGCUGGAGGAUGCCCGGAGGCAGCUGCAGCACCUGAAGUCCAAGGCGCUGCGGGAGCGCUGGCUGCUGGAGGGGACGCCGUCCUCGGCGUCGGAGGGGGACGAGGCCCUGCGGAGGCAGAUGCAGGAGGAUGAGCAGAGAGCACGGCUCCUGGAGGAGUCCGUCUCCAGGCUGGAGAAGGAGAUCGAGGCACUAGAGAACGCAGACGCGCUCCCGACGGCCGCCCGGGAGAACGCGGCGGCCCCCAGCCCGGCCCGCGCCCCGGCCCCCAGCCCGGCCCCAGAGGAGGGGAAGGCGGAGGUGAUGGUGAAUUCCCAGCAGACCCCGGUGGGCACGCCCAAAGAGAAGCGCAUCUCCCACACGCCCGUGAGGACGCUCGAAGGCUCCACCAUGAUGAAGGCAGCCAUGUACUCCGUGGAGAUCACGGUGGAGAAGGACAAGGUGACAGGGGAGACCCGAGUGCUGUCCAGCACCACCUCGCUCCCCCGGGAGCUGCUCCCCCAGGGCAUCAAGGUGUACGAGGACGAGACCAAAGUGGUCCAUGCUGUGGACGGCACUGCCAUGAAUGGGAUCCACCCGCUGAGCUCCUCCGAGGUGGACGAACUCAUCCACAAGGCAGACGAGGUCACGCUGAGUGAGGCAGGGUCUACAGCUGGGGCAGUGGAAACCCAGGGGGUUUUAGAGGAGGCCGUGCGGACCACGCCCUCCAGGCGGGAGAUCACCGGAGUGCAGGCGCAGCCAGGCGAGGCCACCUCGGGCCCCCCGGGCAUCCAGCCUGGCCAGGAGCCCCCCGUGACCAUGAUCUUCAUGGGCUACCAGAACGUGGAGGACGAGGCUGAGACCCAGAAGGUGUUGGGGCUGCAGGACACCAUCACAGCAGAGCUGGUGGUCAUCGAGGAUGUAGCCGAGCCCAAGGAGCCUGCCCCGCCCAACGGCAGCGCCGCCGAGCCCCCAGCCACUGCGGGCUCCAGGGAAGAGAAUCAGGUGGGGCCCGAGGCCCCCACCAGUGGCUCCCAGGACCUCGACAUGAAGAAGCAGCGUUGUAAAUGCUGCUCCAUCAUGUGAGCCGCCCGGCCCCCAGACCCCGGCCCCAUCCUCAGUACCAGACACCCACGCCCAGCCCCCGGCGCCUGCCCACCCUCCACCCACAGCCACGGGCCCCUGGACACGCCGUGUUGUCACAUGUUCCUUCUGAAUCUUCUCUCACUGGAAAGAGAGGGACGGGGUCCCCCACCCCGUCAGCACCCCCGACAA